AUGGAAGUACCCUUGACCAAAAUUGUCUCUCAAAUAUUCAGCAAUUGGACAGCCUUAAGAUUGGCCGUCGAACACUCAAUGGGGGGCCCUAACAGCAAACAAGCGGCUAUAGAUUUUAUGAACUACAUGGUUCAAUAUUGCCUUCACGAACCACACGUAGACGUUGACAAAAUUCAGGAAGCAUUAGAAGACAUAUUAGAUGAAGAGUUCGAGACUAUUUGCGAAGACGAAUCUCCUAGACAAAUAGCACAGCUUCUUUACAAAUUUUUGUGUUUGCUAUUAGAAGACAAAACUGCAGAAUGUGAAAUUGAAUUUCAAAAAUUACCAAGUGGCGAUUCCAAUUGGUUAAAUCAACAAAGCCAAGUAGUUUAUAACAGAACACAAAUCGAUUCUUCAGAUGAUAGUGAUAGUGACUCAGCAACCCCAAUGGAAGAUGAUGGUUGGACAGAAGUAAAAAAUAGGAAAAAAUAA